AUGCAGGAAACAAGUUUGAAUCAAAUUUCCGACCUCCUUCGGUCCCCCCAAAUCGAUUUCAACCAAAAAAGAGAAAAAAAAAUUGGGUCGAAAAUUGAAAAUUUCGCUGAUCAAAACGAUGAAAAUUUGGCCGAUUUUGGGGGUUUGGAAGGACUUACUAAAACCGUUACUGUAGGCAUACCAACGAUUUUUACAGAUGGUCCAGAGAAUAUAAGAUUGAACCCUACUGGUGAUAAUAUAGAUGUUGUAGAAGGAAAGUGUCAGAAUGUCAACUGUUUAGCUGAUUGUAAACCAGAUUGUAACAUCACCUGGUCUAAAGAUAGUUCAACAACAAUUCUAAAUAACCCUUUAUCACUUAGUACUAAUCAAACUGAUUCUUUUAACUGUACAGUUAGACAUACUGUAUUAAAUAAACAACUUACAAAACAACUUAAUGUUCAGAUUUAUUAUCAACCUGAUAAAACCAGUAUAACAACUGAUGCUGUAAAUAACACAGCUGAUGAAGGUUCUGAUGUUAUAUUUAACUGUAAUGUUGAUAGUAAACCAGUAUCUACUAUAACCUGGUCAUCUUCUACUAGUACUGAUACUUACACUGGUCAACAUUUGACAUUAAAUCAGGCUAAAUGUCAGGAUACAGGAAUCUAA